AUGACCAAAAAGAGUUUCCACUUUUCUCUUUCCAUCGAACGAAAGCGUCCUUCAGCAAAAGACGUUUUUUAUCUUUUAGUUUAUGUUGUCUGUCGGAAAGUCCCUGACUGCUUACAACAACGCACAAAGAUGAUCAAGCCUGAGCUUGAGCAGAUUAAAGAGUUUCUGCAAGAGGCCAAAGAAAAGAAUGAUAAAAUAUAUCAACCGCAGUCCGCAAUACUUAAAUUACAAGAGGAGGCUGAGAAAAUGAGGGAAGAAAUGCUUAAACUGCAAAAUCAGGUCUGGAUUUUCGAUAAAGGGAACAUUAUUGAACUGACACUGGGCCACCAAUUGACAGUUAGCAUCACGAAGGAAAUAGUGACCCACUUCAGCUUUGCUGAGUUCGGUCGUGAAAAAGUAAUUGAAGUAAUCAAUGCUAAAUUGCUGUUGCGAUUGAAGGAGAGGGAUCGUGCGAGUAUUUUGGAUAUUUGGGUACUUGAGCGGGGUAACGAAGAAGAAAAAAAUGAUUGCAGAUUUGAGGAGAGGAUAGAGCAGGAGGAGAAAGGAGGAAAGAGGAAAAAAGAAGAGCCUGAACAAUGA